AUGGCGUCGCGAUCAGCCCCGCCUGAUGGCGAUUUCAAACAAGCAAACACGAGCGAAAGUGUUAUUCGCUCUCCUUCUGUAUCGUCUCGCAGUCCUGAUGGCGAGGAUGAGGGCGGUGUCCGACCGGCCGACUACGACACGGAAACGGUGGAGAGAGUCUACAAGAAAAUCGAUCUCAGAAUCAUUCCACCUUUCUGGAUUCUCUACUUCCUUUGCUCGGCAAUUCGCUCCAACAUUGGCAUUGCUCAGACGAUGAAUAGCGACAAGGGCCAUGACCUGGGGACUGUCAUUGGGCUCACCCCCAAAGACAUCUCUACUGCCCUCGCCCUCUUCUAUGUGUCCUACGUCAUAUUUGACUUUCCAUCAAACCUCAUCAUGAGCAAGCUCAGCCCUCGAGUAUGGAUGGCUAGAAUCGUCUUUGCUACCGGAGUAGUUGGUACUUGCUUUGCAGCUGUCCAGUCUCCUUGGAGCCUCAAGUUUCUACGUUUCCUUCUGGGUUUGGUCAUUGCUGGCAUGUGGCCCGGCAUGGCUUUUUACUUGACAUUGUUCUAUCCUCCAUCGCGAACAGCAAAGCGAAUUGGCAUGUACUUUACCGCAUCUCAAGUAUCUGCUGCUGUGGUAGGCCUCGUAUCUGCUGGAUUUCAGUUGAUGGAUGGUGAUGGUGGCCUUGUUGGCUUCCGAUGGAUGUUUCUUAUCUAUGGACUUGUUGCUGUUGUCCUGAGCUUUGUGCUUCUGUGGUGGCUUCCUGACCGGCCUCUGGCACCAGGCCAAGAGAGAAAGCGCACUGGUCUUUUCAAGUGGCUUCCGGCUACCCCUGAAGUUCUCACCGGUGAGGAUGCCAUCGUUCACUAUUCUGAGUUGAAGCGCGUCUACCAUGCUCGUCCAUGGGGCCUGAAAGAUCUCGGUCUUGUGCUGCUGGAUUGGCGGCUGUGGCCUCUGUGUUUGAUGUACUUUGGAGUUGUCGGAGUCGGAAUAGGCACUCAGCUCUACGGUUCAGUUAUCAUUGCCGCUAUUCAGCCAGAGGCGAGUGAUAUAGUGGUCAGCUUGCUUUUUGCUCCUAUCUGGAUUAUGGACCUGAUUGCCAUUCUCCUGGUGACUCCUCUUUCCGAUCGCUUUCAUCGCUUUAGACCAUUCUUCUUCUCCGCUGCCGUCUGCGUCCAGAUUGCGGGUCUGCUGACGACAACUUUUGCCGUUCAAAACGGCUGGGCCCGUUAUGGAGGUCUUUUGAUGGUGGGCUUUGGCCUGGGGCCGACUGUCCCCAUUUGCAUGACGUGGACCUCGGAAAUCUUCCAGCGCCGACAUGGCGAAGUUGGCGUGGCAGCUGCUACGGCUCUGGUAUCCGGUCUUGGAAAUUUGGGCAGCGUCACCACAACGUACGCCCUGUAUUCGGGCUGGCCAGAGGAUUCUAAGCCGGGCCCUCACCGGUUCCGCAAGAGCAACCUUACAAUGAUUGGAAUCCUCUGUCUCAGCAUUCUUAGCUCCGUGGUCAUGUUGGUACUGCUCAAGAUCUUUGGCAACCCCCCUAGCUCCAAGCUCCACAACAACGACUCAGCCGGCGACUUCGAGGAUGGCGCAGCAAGACGGGAGGCCACACAACGCGGAUUCGGGAAAAUUUCUCGACGAGCCCGGCACCAAGAGAUCUAA